UCCUGGAACACCAGGAUACCAGAUGCGGCGGAAAAAACGGUCCAAGGUGCGGCGCUAACCAACUUUGCGGUUACAAGGACACUGGGCUCAGGUGCACCAAGUGUCCCUGCUACGGCACCCACCUCGCUACGUGCUACGCUAUGACUGUAUCAGCAGCUACCUGUCAGUCGGAUGCCGAUUGUUCUGAAGGUCAGCGGUGCGUUCUACACGCCAACUACUCGAGCAGGGCCAACUGUGAAACCGACCACCGUUGCAUCGCUGUGUCUCCCACAUCAUGCUCGUGCGAGUCUGGCUUCCAAUGCCGGCUCAAGGACUGCCCUUGGUCACCGUACGAGUGUCUGGUCCUGGAACACCAAAACACCAGAUGCGGAGGGAUAAGCGGUCCACGUUGUGGUCCGGACCAGGUGUGCGGAUACCAGAGGACCGGUUUAGUGUGCAUCAAGUGUCCCUGUUACGGCACCGAGCGCACCGUUUGCCUGGACAAGAAGCCUGGCGUCCAGUGUGGACCCAGCAGCAUCGCGCAGGUGAACCCCGACAACAGCUACGCGUGCAAGGGUUGCGCCUCCGCCACCUCUGUGCUUUUCCGCUAGAGGCAUCGAUGACUUCACUGAAGACACCGCGCAGUGCGCCACUUGCGCCAUUGCUCGAGCAGGAAGUCUGUCCCGUUGCGAGCACGUAUCGGCUGUGGACAAAUGACAUUCAAAUAAAUGUAUGCCGCGUGAUAGUGUGCAUGUUCGCGGUAGUUCCCCUAGUGUCGUUUUUUUUUUUUUACUGCGCCUGGCAAGUUGUGUCAGAGACAGCGCCCACGCAGUCUCCUUUUGUUCGGCCCAAGCCCGCCCACUCCCUCACCCCCCCCCCUUCCAUGCAUCCAUCAACCACCGCCUUGUAUGCAGAGGUUUAGCUCAUUCAUAAAUUCUCUAUUUUUCUCAUCUUGAGUACCCGUUCUCCAGUCUAUGGUCGACAACCGGAGAUAUCCUCAGAGUU